AUGCGGGCGGCGCAGGGCUUGCUAAAGGAGCAGCUUGAGCUAGUAAAAGUGAAGCUUGACGAUGGAAGGACUCGUUAUACGAUCAAGCCGAUUGAGGAAACCCUCACCUUUGACAAGGGCUUCUACGUCUUCGUCCGAGCGCUGCAGAUGCUCAAAGCCAGCAACACAGGGACUGUCGUGGUAGGUGUAGCGGGUCCCUCCGGUUCCGGCAAGACGGCCUUUUCCGAGAAGAUCAAGAGCUUGAUGCCGGGGGUGGCCAUCAUCAGCAUGGAUAUGUACAAUGACGGUACCAAGGUCAUCGAUGACAACUUUGACGACCCCCGCCUGACGGACUACGACCUGCUGCUUCAGAACCUGGCUGACCUGCGGGACGGAAAGGAGGUGCAGAUCCCGAUCUACGACUUCCGUACCUCCCGCCGCGUUGGCUACCGGUCUCAGCCCGUUCCGGAGGCCCGUGUGGUGCUGGUGGAGGGUAUUUAUGCACUCAGCGAGCGGCUCCGUCCGCUGAUGGACCUCCGCGUCUCCAUCACCGGCGGAGUGCAUUUCGACUUGGUGAAACGAGUGAUGCGGGACAUUCAGAGGUCGGGACAAGGGCCGGAGGAGAUCAUCCAGCAGAUUACCGACACGGUAUACCCCAUGUAUAAGGCCUUUAUCGAGCCCGACCUUCAGACUGCCCACCUGCGGGUGGUCAACUCGUUCAACCCAUUUUCCGGUUUCAUGAACGCGACAUACAUCCUGAAGUCAAAGAGGGUGCCCACGUUGGAGACCGUCACCCGGUCGUACGGCCAGGUGAGCCAGCGUCGCGAGGUGGACAUUUACGACAUCUAUCUGUUGCCGCCCAACGAGGAUCCGGAGACAUGUCAGAGCUGGUUGCGGAUGAGAAACAGGGACGGGCGCUACAGCCUGAUGUUUGAGGAGUGGGUUUCGGAGGGCCCCUUUAUCAUCUCGCCACGGAUCUCCUUCGAGGUGGGCGUGCGCAUCCUCGGAGGCCUUAUGGCCCUGGGUUACGAAAUCGGCACCAUCAUGAAACGAACAUCCACCAUCCUGGCUGAGCUCCUCGUCAAGCUGGACGACGUGGGCGGUUUGGGUCGGUUCGUACAAAUUCUCGGCAGGGACCGCGAGCGGGUGGCUGCGCUGGGACGAGAUCUGGGUUUGGAAGGGACUUACAUUCCCCGGUCGUACAUUGAGCAGGUCCAACUGGAGCGGUUGACAGCGGAGUUCCAAACGGUGACUGAGGACUGGAAGAAGAAAUUCAGCACACGCAGGUGCGGUUGUAUGAUGUUGUUACAGGGUGGUAUAGCUUCACCAGAGGCCCCCUUUCCCGAGGCAGUUCCCUGCUCUCCCCUGCGAGAGGGGCACCCUAAUCCAUAUUCACCCCAUCCGAUUUCAGAAUGUAUUCGUUGGGUUCAGCAACUCACCACCAGCAUCCAACCAAAUAUAGCGGAUGAACGGCGCCACAACUUAGAUCCUGGUCAGCUCGCAAGUUGA